AUGCGUCUACUAACCCGCCUCGCCCUACUCGUAGCGGGCAGCAGCGCGGCAGCGGCACACAUGGCACCGCGGCAGGACGCCACGGGACCUCCCGAGACGCCGACGCCGACGGUCAGUACGCGCACCAACAGCUCGAACGCGACGUGGGAGCAGGUGCUGGGCCGGUUCCCGCCGGGCUCGCUGUCGGCCACGACGGCCCUACCCGUGCCGGCGCUGACGGUCGACUUUCGCCUCCAGGUGGACCUGAACCCCAAGAUCGCGCUGGGGAAGGGGGUUUGGGGCGAGCGCAACUGGAUCAGCUUCAAGGGCGGGCAGUGGAGCGCCACGUGGGGGAACGGCACGGUUGAGCCUGGUGGCCAAGACGCCCAGCUCCUGGUGGAAAACAAGGCUACGUUUGUCGACACGCAGUACCUCCUGAAGACCGCCGACGAGAAGCCCGCUUACAUCAUGGUGCGGACGCAAGGGUGGCGCACUGGCCCGCCCGAUGUGCUCGAGAAGCUGCUGGACCCCGUCGAGGGCGACAAGGUGCCAGCGUCGGCCUACCGUUUCCGACUAACCAUCAAGCUCGAGACGGGCGAUCCGCGCUACCUUUGGGUUAAUGAGGGCAUGUGGAUCGGCAGCGGGAUUCGGAGAGGCGCUGAGGUCAUCUACGACGGCUACAGGUUACUGUAG